CCACAGCGAUCCUUCUGGCUUUGUUACACUCGGGAAGCCAUUUUGGAAAUCUGCUUGUUGUGUACUAACAUAACACACAGCGGCUACUUGUAAACUUUGCGUCUUUCUACGUGGAUAAUAUCACUGAGGAUUUUUCCAUCGGGAAAAAUAACCUUUGGUUUUCCGUGCGUCGGGAUGCGGGGAAUUUGCGCAUCCUCCGUCAUAGUAAUGUGUGGAUAUUGUUCCUCUGGAUUACGGUCCUAAAGAAUAAUAAUAUACAUGGACUCUAACCACGCGGUCUAAACAAAGAAGAAUGACCAUGGAUUUUUCUCAACUGCACACAUAUACGCCGCCACAGUGUGCUCCAGAGAACACCGGCUAUACCUACUCUCUCAGCUCCAGCUACUCGACGGCAGCAUUAGAGUUUGAGAAGGAGCACAAGAUUGCUCCCGUGUACGAGUCACCAAGGAUGUCACGGAGGAGCUUGCGUCUGCAGAACAGUGCCAGUCACCUUGGCAACGAGAGCCUGGCUGAUUACUCCCUUAGCCACAGCCACAGCAAUAGCAGCUACACCAGCACCAGGAGAGAAACACGAACGGCACGGAGCAGAAAGCAGCAGUCGAGCUCCCUGUCUUUAUCCUUGAGCCAAGUCGCAACACCAAGGGUAAACCUCUCCUUCUCAGCUGUUAGUACUCCAAUACACAACAGCAGCAGCAGCAGCAGCAGCAGGGUUAUUCAGGAAAGCAAUGCUGCAUCCGAUGCCUCUCUUCUCACUUCCAUUCUGGACCAGUCUCAACUGAGACAGCGCAACAUCACUACAACCACAACUACUACCACCACCACUGUGGAUGGGCACUGGGGAACGAGCUCCAGUGCUGAUCACAGUUCAUCAAGUAUCAAUGGCGGUUGCAGUGCCACUUCAUCAAAAUCCCACAACACGCUCGUCAAUGGCUACGUCUGUAAAGAUUGCGCUCUACACGCUCAACGGACGGAGUCACUCACCACACGCACUGCUGCAUCAUCCUCAUCAUCAUUGUCGUCAUCAUCAUCUUUGAAGGCUGCUGAAGCUUCCACCGACAUCCUUUCCUCCUCAUCCUCACCUUUCACCAGUAUAUACUCCAGAGACAGGAGUCGGAGGAACAAGACAGGUGUGCUGGUGUCUGUUUCUAACACAUGUAUGCGCUACACCAAACGAGCCCUGGCCCCCAUAGUGUCCUUAGUUACCCUGCUCGUCAACAAUGUGGCCUGGCUGGGCUCAAAGGCCAAAAGCCCACCAGGAAAAGGUGUCCUUGUGUCAUUCUCGGAGUCCAUGAGGCAGGCGCUGUCUUCCAGUUUGUCCCAACUAUGGCUGUUUAAGCAGAGCACUCUCCACAGGAUGAUGGGCUACAGAGCCAAUGGCUAUGAAGGACAAGCUCACUCAAGUUUCUGUGGAAGCAUGAAUGUGAAGGAUCUGGUGACUGAAGAUACAUCACAUCUUAAUCUUAAUGGUUCCCUGUGUGAUGACUGUAAAGGAAAGCAGUAUUCUGAGACUCACACCGUCCUCCUAACACAGUCCUCCAGGCCUCGGCGUCUGGCGGGGGCACUGUGGAGCCUCCUAGCUUACACAGGUUACUGCCUCCUUCAGCCAGGUUACUGUGUGGUGAGAGCAGGCAAAGCGGUGGGUUCAGGAGUAGGAGCAGUAGCACAGAGACUAGUCUCACUGCUGCUCUGGAUGUUUGUAGCAGCUCCGGUAAAAGCAGGAAGAGGGCUUCUCUGGUUACUCAUGACUGGAUGGUACAGGCUUGUGUCUCUCAUGUCUCUCGUCAAUGUCUUCUUUCUGACAAGAUGCCUUCCCAAACUCUGGAAGCUCCUGCUGCUCCUUUUACCCCUUUUACUCCUCCUAGCUUUAUGGUUAUGGGGUCCGUCCACUGCUGCUCUGCUUGCCUAUCUCCCAGCCAUAAACCUAACGGAGUGGCGUCCAGCAUCUCCCUUCACCCUGUUGGCCAACUUGGUGCCAGCCUCUGGUCCAGUUCCUGCCUCUGUCCCCGUCCCAGUACCAGAGACCCCAGUGGAACAGACACCAGCCACCCCAGUUUCACAAGCAUCGCCUAUCCUUCCCCCAGUGGUGGUGUCUAGUGUGGAUUUAGAGCGACUGCAACAUGUGGAGCGCCAGCUAGCCCUUCUGUGGGAGCGAGUACAGCAGGGUGACCACAAACAGGAGCAGCGUCACGGGGACAUUUUGGGUCUUUACAGCAGCCUGAAGGAGCAGCUCCACACACAGACUGACAGGGAGAGCCUGGGACUGUGGGUGUCCUCCCUGCUGGAGCAGAGGCUUGGGGUGCUGCAGGGAGAGCUGGACAAAGAGAACACACAAAGGGCACAGACCGCAGAGCAACAAAAAAAGCAGCAGGAGAGUCAGACAACACGGCUGAUUGAUUUAGAAUUACUGCUCAAAGCUCUGGCAGCAAAGACAGAGGAGAUGCAACAGAAGCAGCAGCAGUUUGAGACUGAGAAGGAGGAAAGAGAGAAAGAAGCAGUUAUUGCUGCAGCAGAUGUGGCUCCUGUCAGUGUGGGUGUGCAGAAGGAGGACCACGAUGCCCUCAUGGCAGAGGUGCGGAGACUAGAGCUGGAACUGGGCAAAAUCAAGCAGGACCUGCAGGGCGUUGUUAGAUGCAAGGGCAAGUGUGAGCAGCUGGACACACUGCAGGAGACCAUUUCAGCCCAGGUGUUGUCCCAAGUGUCCUCUCAGGUGCGUAAGGAGUUGCAGGCUCUGUUCUUUGGCGCUGGUGCCGAGCAAGGAGAGCUGCCUGAGUCUCUGAUCUACUGGUUGUCCCAACGCUACGUGAGCUCCCCUGACCUGAAAGCAUCACUGGUCGAACUGGAGCAGAGCAUCUUGAGAAAUGUAUCUUUGCAGCUGGACCUCAACAGAGCCCAGACCCUGGGUGACGUUGAGUCCCAAACUAAGAGCAUCAUUCAGACGGUAUCUGGAAGUGUCCGGCACACUGCUUCUACUGAGGGAAUGACAGAAGAGCAAGUGAAGCUGAUUGUCCAGAACGCUCUGAAGCUCUUCUCGCAGGAUCGAACAGGCCUAGUGGAUUAUGCCCUGGAGUCUGGAGGUGGUAGUAUCCUCAGUACCCGCUGCUCUGAGACAUAUGAGACAAAGACGGCCCUCAUGAGUCUGUUCGGUCUGCCUCUCUGGUACUUCUCCCAGUCUCCUCGGGUUGUCAUUCAGCCUGAUGUUUAUCCAGGUAACUGCUGGGCUUUCAAAGGCUCUCAGGGCUAUCUGGUGAUCCGGCUGUCCUUGAGGAUCCUUCCCACUUCCUUCUGUGUGGAGCACAUCCCCAAAGCGUUGUCUCCCACUGGAAACAUCACCAGUGCCCCACGCAACUUCACUGUCUAUGGUCUGGACGAUGAGUACCAAGAGGAAGGGAAGCUACUGGGACACUACACCUACCAGGAGGACGGGGACUCACUGCAAACCUUCCCUGUCAAUGAGCAGAAUGAUAAGACCUUCCAGAUCAUCGAGGUGCGGGUGCUGUCUAACUGGGGUCAUCCAGAAUACACAUGCCUCUACCGCUUCAGAGUCCAUGGAGAACCACGACCACAGUGAACCCAGCACGACCAUACACGCUUCGAGACAUAUCACCCUAUCUGUACAUAGCUCUUGCCAACUUCUUAAAAACGGAUGUGACUCAACGGUUUUUGUGGACAUUUUUAUAUGCCAGACAAGAAGACCCAGAAGGCUGUUAAAGGAAUGUGCCCAGAUUGCAUUAUGGAUGGGUUUUGUAGAACUGAAAGAAUCACAGGAAAGUUUGUACAGGGACUGUGGAGGAUCACAGAAGAAUUGAGUUGAACCACAGAAGAAGCUAGAACUCCCAUUUCCCUUUUUUUUGUAAACACUUCUUGCACUGAUUCAGCCCACGAGGGUACCAGGUUUGGCUGACUGGACAAAUCUCUCCCUUUUGCCGCUGUUUUCACAAGCAGAUGGACACUUGUAAUGGGGGACUACAGACUCAUCUCCAACAUUUCUUUGCAUACUUUUAUCUGAUUUGUGUUUUUAAUCAUCUUGUAUUUAACUUUGAUUUACCGUUAGAGUGUACUAGAUUUUCAGGAUCAAAGCCACUACACUUUUGCCUGCGACGUUGCACAGGCACGUUACUCCAUUUGUUGGCCCUCAGUGAUGUUUCGUUGAGUGGUUUGGGAAGUCUGCAGAGCUAAACCUCUACCAGUGGGUGUAUAUUGGACAUGUACAUUUUCCCGCUGUGGUUUACUACAUUGAAGGUUUUGCAUCAUGCAUCCACAUAGCCACAACUAACAUUUUCUGUUGCGAUUUUAACACUGCCUGUGGACAGGCUUUGAAUGUUUUCUCAAGUGGAGGCUUGUUGUAAGUCAUCUUUUAUCUACAGAAACACUAUAAAACCACUCGCCUAAGCUCUAAGUGUAGAGUAUUGGGAGGUUCCUCACUUAUGUAAAUCAAGAAACAGACAGAAUAUUUGUAUGGUUAUGGAUGGACUCCAAGAUUUACUCUAGCAUGUGACUCUUCCUGAACCAUAUUUAUACGUAUUUUCUACAUGCAUCAUUGCUUUAAAUGAGAGUGUUCUCUCUUAGUUUGAGUUCUGUGCCUGGAUCUCAAAAUAUAAUUCAAUGUUUAACGCUGAUUAAUAUAACAAUAUAGACAAGUGUGGUUUCUCUUUUUCCUUUACAAGGAGGGACCUCCUUAAUCUCCCUCUGGCUCAGUUCUAAACGUCCUCCUACAUGGGCUCCCUCUAUUCUGAUACCCUGAAGGAAUGUAAUCUGUGUAUUUCAUUGUUGAUAGUUGGUCCUUUAUAUCGGCUUUUAUCAGUGUUGCUUUAUUAAAAAACCUGUCAUCACAAUUAUUGUAUUAUUUGAACUGUUACUCAUUGUUUGUUUUUGUUGUUUCCUUUUUUGGGUUGUUAAUGAUGUCAAAGGAUGCACUGUAACUUGAGAAAUAUUUGGCACAAGUCUUCACAAUUUGUUAAAAAAAACCCAAACUAAACAGUGUGUGUAGUCAUUAAUUUUGGUUGCAUAUUUGGGGGGAGCCUAAAAUGUCAAGUGUGUAUAUA